AUGAUGAACGGCGACCAAGUUAGUGAACAGCAACGAAAGCAAGACAAACAGAAACGAAUUCAAGAGGCCCUCAAAGCACAGACAAAAUAUCCCAGUCACUAUCUGUUUGCUCACAAUGACAAGCACAAGUUGAUGUUCUGUUGGAUUGAAAAGGUGGGUUGCACCUUUUUCAAGAAAAUAUUUUCCAAUCUGCACAGCGAGGGUAUCACAGAAAGGAUUCUACGCCAGAAUCUUCGUGAUGUAAUGCAGAAUAUGAAAUGGGAAAAGGCAGUCUUUUACCGUGAACCACUGAGCCGGUUCCUAUCUGGAUGGCUGGACAAGUGCCGUGGCAGAACCAGAGUUUACUGCGAGAGCGUCUUUGGUGGAAGCAAUGUGACUUUUCCGGAGGCGGUCUUCUUAUUGAAAGACAUGGAUCCAGAAAAAGUAGACGGCCACUUUCAUCCACAAGUGCAGCAUUGUGGUGGUGUGACACGAGAUGUCCUGGAUGACGUAUUCACCACCAAGAAACGGCUUCAAGAUCAUGACUCAACACGCUAUGCUGUACGCAAAAUGCUGCAGCCAUUUGAAUUGACAGAUGAACAGUUUGAUCGGGUCUAUCCACCUGGAUUGGGCAACAAUGAUCAUUCCAAGAAUGCAAAUGCCCAACUCAAGGAGCACUAUCAGGAUCCCCAGUUGGUUAGCAUUAUUGUCCAGUACUUUAUCAAGGACUACAAGGUAUUCCAGAUUCCAGUGCCUGACUUUGCAAGAGAUGCCCUUUAUCAACUACGAGAGCGAAAGGAUCCUUAUGCCUUCAACGAUGAGGAAAUGCUACAGUUGGGACUACCCUUGGGGCCACCGCCUCCAACAGCAUUGCCAGUGCACGCGGUUGCUGCUACUAAUGAGACAGCUGUUGAUCUAGCCCUGGUGGGGGCGGUACUUGGCAAUUCACAGUUGGAAGCUGGGGGUGUCCAUGCCGUUUUUGUCAUUAUGGUGUUGUUGUGGCCCAUUCUAAGGCGUUGGUCACGGGUUGGUUGUAUCAUUGGCUAUGUGGCUGCAAAUGUGGUCAUCGCAACGCUCUAG